ACAGGGCAUCGUGACGAGCAACUAGAGUAAUCAACAAAACAAAUGAAAUGAACCAACCCAACAGGUCUGCUUUGGACGGAGAUUUCAAUGAAGAUGUAAAUAGAGAAGGCCACUUGAUUUAAUAUUUAAAACCCUAACAACUUUUGAUUGUAAGAGAGGAAGAAGAACCCAAGUUUUCAGAUUGAUUGAAUCAACUUUUCUUUUAAGAGGAAAGAAUUUGAAAAUGAUUCAUCACUCUCUUUCUUCCUCUCUUGCAAUCUCGUCUUCGACUCCAAUUUCCAAACCUAUUGAUUAUAAUCAUCAUUCGAGAUCUAAUUUUGUGUGUAAAUAUCUUAAUUCAUCAUCAUCAUCUUCUUCUUCUUCUUCUUCUUCAAAGAAUGAGCUCGAAUUGAAAUCAAUUGGGUUUUCCAAAAAUUAUACGAGCAAAACAUUAUCAUCGUCGUCGUCGUCUUCAACUGCGGCAGCGGCGGCAGUGGCUGGGAAUGCUGCGCCGGCAAAGGAUGGGAUGGGAAUGGGACCAUACACAGGCAGAGAUCCGAACGUGAAGAAGCCGGAGUGGCUGCGACAGAGAGCACCCCAAGGAGAGAGGUUUCAGGAGGUGAAGGAGUCUUUGUCCCACUUGAAGCUCAAUACUGUGUGCGAGGAAGCCCAAUGCCCCAACAUUGGAGAGUGUUGGAAUGGAGGUGGGGAUGGUAUUGCGACUGCCACAAUCAUGCUUCUUGGGGAUACUUGCACCCGUGGCUGUAGAUUUUGUGCUGUGAAAACCAGCAGGAACCCUGCACCACCUGAUCCAAUGGAACCAGAGAACACUGCUAAGGCUAUUGCUAGUUGGGGUGUGGAUUACAUUGUUCUAACCAGUGUUGAUCGUGAUGACUUACCUGAUGGUGGGAGUAGUCAUUUUGCUCAAACUGUCAAAGCUAUGAAGAAACUCAAGCCUGAUAUUAUGGUUGAAUGUUUAACCUCUGAUUUUCGAGGUGACUUAAAUGCUGUAACGGCUCUGGUACACUCAGGAUUAGAUGUUUUUGCCCACAACAUAGAGACUGUGAAACGACUCCAGCGUAUUGUCAGAGAUCCCCGGGCAGGGUACGAUCAAAGUUUUUCCGUUCUAAAACAUGCAAAGCUCAGUAAGGAGGGUAUGAUAACGAAAUCUUCCAUAAUGCUAGGACUUGGUGAAUCUGAUGAUGAACUGAAGGAAACCAUGGCUGAUUUGAGGGCCAUAGAUGUUGAUAUUUUGACACUUGGACAGUAUUUACAGCCAACUCCAUUGCACCUGACUGUCAAAGAAUAUGUUACUCCGGAGAAAUUUGCCUUCUGGAAAGAUUACGGAGAAUCUAUCGGUUUCCGUUAUGUGGCUAGUGGACCCCUGGUUCGAUCCUCAUACCGGGCAGGGGAGCUCUUUGUUCAGACCAUGGUGAAGGAAAGAUCUAAAAACUCCUAACAUGCCUGCCAUUUUCUGUCACUGCUAUAUGUUCUUUCCUUGGUACGAUCACGGACUUCAAUAUUGAUGGGUAAAAGUCACGAUCAGGAUUUGAGAGUAUAAACAGUUAAUAGUCAGAAUAGAUAGUUCCCAGUUUGAACCUAAAUCUUUUUAGGGCAUAGAUAAAUUUUCUUUUACAAAAUGUAUUUGUUUCAUUGAGGAUUCUAUUAAUUUAAUUUACUUAUUUAUUA